UUUGUUCAUCCAAGGCUGACUCCAGUUUCUCUGUAGUUCCAGCUUCUACCUAUAGGCAGAGAGCCUGAUCCUACCACUCUGCCUAGGCCCCUAUUCUAGGUUGAGUCCAAUUUCCACCAAUCAAUGCAGAGCCAGGUUCUGCCACUUGAUAAUUCUGACUCGACCCUGCCCUCUUGUAGGCUUUGGUUUCCGUCACUCUGCUUCUUCCGUGUCUGUCAGCUGUCCUGCCUUCCUACCUCUGUUCUAAAUUUGUCUCUCCUCGCCAAUCACCAGUUACCCUGCCCGCCUACACUCCCCUGGCCCGACCCCCCCCCCCCCGUGUAGCCGGCUGCUACGCCCACUUCUAUAAAAGUCCCGCUUCCGCCGGGUAGCAUGGCGUGCGGCCCCGCCCCGCUCGUAUUUUUGACGGCUGUGUUUGGCAGCCACAUCGGCCAAUCGGCAGGAAGCAAGCCCAACCACCCCUCCUCCCGUAGGUUAGCCGUCUGCCAUCAAGCCUCUUAAACGCCAAUCUGUGGGAAACUGACUCCCCCAGGAUGUUGUCAGGACUUCAACUCGCUGUCUUCCCUGAGCCAAUCCGCGCAGAACACCGGUUACCAUUGGUGAGCAAGCUGUUGUGCUCGCUAGCCCGUCACAGCCUCCCUCCGCGGAGUCGGCCCUCCUCCCCAGCCUGGAGCUUAGCCACUUCGGCCAAUCACCUAGCAAUAAAAUAGUAGGCUCCGCCCUCCAAGGCCCACGUGAGCGCUGGGGAAAGGCAGGGGCGGCUUAGGUGCUGCUGCCGCCGCCACCGCCGCCUAGGAACCGGGGCCUGGGGGGCGGUGGGGCCGCGCAUGGAGCCCCCGGCCCCCCAGAGCUGCCAAUACUGCUGCUGCGCUUAGCACAGGUGCCCCUGGAAUGGCGUGACUGCUCCCUCCGCCAGCAAUGGACCCCUCUGUGACGCUGUGGCAGUUUCUGCUGCAGCUGCUGAGAGAGCAAGGCAAUGGCCAUAUUAUCUCUUGGACUUCACGUGAUGGUGGAGAAUUCAAGCUAGUGGAUGCUGAGGAGGUGGCCCGUCUGUGGGGGCUGCGUAAGAACAAGACCAACAUGAAUUAUGACAAGCUCAGUCGGGCCUUACGCUACUACUAUGACAAGAAUAUCAUCCGCAAAGUGAGUGGCCAGAAAUUCGUCUAUAAGUUUGUGUCCUACCCCGAAGUUGCAGGGUGCUCUACUGAAGAUUACCUGCCACCGCCAGAUAUGCCUGUCACCUCCACUGUGACAAAUAUGGCACCCACGGCUCUCCAUGUUUCCCCUGGGGAUUCUGCUUCUGGGAAGCCAAGCACACCCAAAGGUGCAGGGGUGGCAGGCCCUGGUGUCUUGGCACGCAGUAGCCGAAAUGAAUACAUGCGCUCAGGCCUCUAUUCCACCUUCACAAUUCAGUCCCUGCAAUCACAGCCACAGCCACCACCUCAUCCUCGGCCUCCUGUAGUGCUUCCCAAUAGUAUCCCUGCAGGAGCAGUGCUCCUCUCAGGGAGUGGGAACACCAGUCCAAGUCCCUUGGAGGCCUGCCUGAAGACUGAGGAUGUCGAUCUUCCUCUGCAGGUCAUCCUCACCCCACCUGAGGCCCUGAACCCUAAAUCAGAAGACCUGAAUUUGGAGCCUGGGUUUGGCAAGUCACUGCCCCCUGAAGUCAAAGUGAAUGAGCCCAAGGAUGAGUUUGAAGCUGCAGCCAGCGGGGAGGUGGGGUUUGUACCAGAAGCUAAGGUCGAGUCAGAAGUCUCUCCCACGGAGAGUAUGCUAGCCCACCUUUCCACGGUUGCCAUGGAAACUGCUGCACAGGUCCAACCUCAGAAAGGUCGUAAGCCCCGGGACUUAGAGCUUCCACUCAGCCCAGGCCUGCUGAGUGGGCCAGGUCCUGAACGGACUCCAGGAUCUGGAACUAACUCCAGUCUUCAAGCACCAGGGCCAGCUCUAACUCCAUCACUUCUACCUACUCAUACAUUGACUCCGGUGCUGCUGACACCCAGCUCACUACCCUCCAGCAUCCACUUCUGGAGCACUCUGAGUCCCAUUGCACCCCGUAGUCCUGCCAAACUCUCUUUUCAGUUUCCUUCCAGUGGCAGCUCCCAGGUACACAUCCCUUCCAUCAGUGUGGAUGGCCUCUCAACCCCCGUGGUGCUCUCCCCAGGGCCCCAGAAGCCAUGACUACCAUCAGCACCACCACCAGGUGGUCUCCAUCCAUGCCUUGAACUUCUCUUCAGCCAGCUGAUUCAAGGAGAAAAUAGAAUUCAUGAGAUUUACUCUGUUCCUGGGGGUAGGAAUUCUUAGGAAGAAGUUUCUCUCCACACCCCAUUAGAAACACUAAUUCUCUCCUCUCAUCAGGCCUCCAUGGCCGCCCUCACAAGUCUCCUACUCCACUAGUUGGGGGCGGCAGUUUAUUUAUUUUUUGAAGGCCACUGGGAGGAUUUGGCCCAACCCUUUGAGUGAGGGUGGUGAGGACAUCUCCCCUUAUCACUCUCCUUUUUCCCCCUAACAAGAGGCAUUUGGAAUCUGGCUUGAGAAAGUCCUUUCUUUUUUUCUUUCCUUCUCAGCCUGCCUUUGUGAAGCUGAGAGGACCCUGUUGCUAGAUAUGUAUAGAAGACUUAGCUUCUUGUAGUUUAUUAUUCUUGGACAUUCCUCCAGUUCCAGGAAGAAUUUGUGCCACUUCAUGGUUUGGGAGUCUUGACCAAGGAAGACUCACACUCUUGGAUUGGGAAUUUCUACCUCCCAAGCCAUUCUCUCAGACAGCAUGUCCUUUUCUCAGCCAUCUUCUUGGCCAGGGAGGAAUGUCCCUUUUGUUUCUCUCACCCUGAUAAGCCAUUCCUGUGUCUGCCAAACUCCUGGGGUCCUGCCUGUUACCUCUCAAUGGUAGGUUUUGGGGGUAAAUGUCCCCGUCUGGGGGGCCCCUUCCACUAGUACUCCAGGUUUCCCUGUCAUUUUGAUAGUAUAAUCUAUUUUUAAAUGGAACUUUUCAGUAGGGGAGAAGGGCCAUCUCUACUUGUAUCUGAGAUGGGUAGGCGGGAAGGAAGGAAUUUGGGGUGGCAGGGAAGAAUCUUCUUGCCACCUCUAAGUGUUUAUUUUUGAUACCAAAUAAAUUUUCAUCUCCCUCCCUCUCAGCCCCCCAAUUUCCUGCGGGCGGGUACUAGGACCCUUUAAGUGUCCCUGGAGUUGGGAGGGAGGAAUGAGGGACAUUAAAAAUGUCCUGCUUUGAUUUGGGGCUAGAGAAGGUGAGUUCAAAGGACUUCUAUGCUCACCUCUUAUCAGCAAUGGCCCAACCCGGGCCUGGGGACCUGGGAAGGGUUGGACAUUUGGGGGACAGUGCUACACCUGUCUCUGUUUUAUUUCCCCAGAAUGUGGAUUUUUUUCUAAGAAUCCCAAAGAAUGGGGGAUUGUUCCUGUAAAUAUAUAUAUUUUUAAAUGUGA